UGAGAGAAUGGUCAAAUUAUUUUCAGUAAACAAUAUUAUAUAUUUUGUUAGCACUCAUAUUAAAAAUUAUAUGUCAGCAUUUAACGCUGCUUAAAAAAACUUAGCUUAACUUAGGAAGACACAGCGGAUUGCAAAAUGUGAAAUUGUGGUAUUGAAAAGUAAGAAAUGUGCAACUCCCGUCAGAAAAAAGUCCAUACAUGAACGUUUUCCUGUGAGAAAAUAACAUUUGUCAAAUUGCUAUUCAUGUAAAGAUAAUCGAUACCCCGCAUUCCCAACAUUUUCUUAGGGUAAAUUUAAAAAUUGCGGCUAUUCCAGAAUUAUAUUUUAUGCCAUUUUACGUUUAGCUAUGAAUUGAACAAAUUAGCUUUUAAAAUUUAUAUAAGAAGGAUAUUGCAAAGAUCGAUAGAGUAAAAAGUGAUAAAAGAACCGUUGACUAUUUUCUCACAGUCAAAUAUAUCUCCUCGCUCGUGAGAUGAUUCUCGUAGAGACGCAGUAUUUGAGUCUCAAUCGAAUUCUUUUGCUUACGUUAGGUUUGUGGCCUUAUGAACGAUCCAAACUUAUUCGUCUGCAGCUGAUACUGCUGUAUAGUACUGUGAUAAGUUUUAUUAUAUUCCAGUUUACGGUGUUUACCACUGCAAAAUGUUCUGCAAAUCUCGUUAUCGAGAUUCUUGGUAUCGCAUUUUUUUUCAUUUUUAUUAUGAUAAAUUACAACUCAUACUAUUUUAAUAUGGAUAAUGUAAAGCAUUUAUUGGAACAACUUCAGGAUAUGUAUGAUGAGUUAACAGACGAAAUUGAAAUCGCCAUUAUACAAAAAUAUUGGAGUAUGGCAAGACGUAAUACUGAAGUACUUACGCUGAUACUCUUAUGUGGCAUAUUUGUUGGUGUUUUUAAUGCAUUUUUACCAAAUAUUCUCGACGCUGCAUUGUCUACAAAUAAAUCCCAAUCUCCUUCAACAUUACACAUCAUGACAGAAUAUUUUAUCGAUCAAAAAAAAUAUUUUUAUUUAAUUAUGAUGCAUAAAGAAGCAGCCAGCUGCAUAGGAGUUACUGCUAUAGUAGCAACGGGAACAAUGACUAUGCUGUACUUUCAACAUGCUUGUGGAAUGUUUAUGAUCGCCAGUUAUCGCAUCGAGCAAGCAACAUCGAGCAUUAAUUUGUCAGAUAGUAAUAAAAGAAAUAAGGAUUUAACUUGUAUGGGAAUAAUUUAUGCCAUUGAUAUGCAUCGUAAGGCUAUGAGGUUUGUGAAUCAUAUACUGUCUGCUUUUCAUAUAUAUUAUUUCUUUAUGAUUGCGGCCGCAGUGAUUUCCGUGAGUUUCAUUUCUUUUCGAAUUUUGGAAGGUCUAUCCUCUGGAUGUCGUAUUGAACAACUACUAUCACCAUUCUUAUAUUUAAUUACCCUUUAUAUAUAUAUGUUUCUGGGCAACAAAACUGCGCAAGAAAUCACGGAUCAUAAUAAUCACGUAUUUGCUACUGUAUGUAACAUUCAAUGGUACAUAGCUCCUUUACAUAUUCAGAGACUAAUAUUGUUUUUGUUGCAAAGAGGUACCAAAGCUUUUAAUGUAGUUAUUGGUGGACUCUUUGUAGCAUCCUUAGAGGGUUUUGCUACGUUGAUAAGUACGUCGAUAUCUUACUUUACUGUCAUAUAUUCUACGGAACGAUAAUAUACUGACUCAUAAAGUAAUUUUUUAUGAAGUGGAAGCUGCUAUGAAAAUUACAAAGUAUUAAAUGUUUAAAGAAAUAAAAUCCGACAAAAUAUAGUUGGGCAAAAUUAAAAAAUAUGCGAUGUGAAUAAUC